CUAUCACAAAUUCAGCUAACACACCAACUUAUCAUUCAAACAAAGGUUUUAGUUACGUACAGUACAGUCCAUGGCAUCCACCGAUUAUGCCGUGCCGCCGGAGCUGGAAAAGGAGGCCCCACCACGGGAACCCACCGCACCGGAUGUAGAGAAGGCUGCACCGCCGCCACCAACCCGCGAUGCCCCUCUUCAUGCCCGUCAGGACUACUUUAGAGUGGCUGAUGUGGUUCUAAGGCUGUUAUUGUUUGCGGUUGCGUUGGUGGCUGUGGUGGUGAUGGUGACUAGUAAGGAGACGAGGCCGGUCGGCCGAAAAACGACCCCUCCUUAUGUGGUGUUCAAAUCGGCUAAGUUCCAGGAUUCGCCGGCCUUCAUAUAUUUCGUAGCUGCACUUUCAGUGGCUGGACUCUAUGCUAUUAUUACAACACUGGUAUCCUUCUUAGCACUGCUGAAGCCUAGUUGCUCAACAAAGCUGUUGCCCCAUUUUGUGAUAUUUGAUGUGCUGCUGCUGGGCAUCGUCGCGGCGGCAACCGGAGCUGCCGGGGGAGUGGCUUACGUUGGAAUAAAAGGGAACUCUCACACGGAGUGGAAAAAAGUGUGCAGUGUCUUUGGCAGGUUCUGUGCCCACGUAGAAUCAGCCAUUGCAGUCUCAAUUUUUGCCUCCAUUUUGUUGGCAAACCUAGUCAUUCUCUCUGCUCAUUCCCUCUCCAAAAAAAUCCCCAAGUAGAGAACCGUCUCAUGUAAUUUGUUGCUUUAGUUCAUUACUUGUGCAUAUAUGUCUAGUUGUUUGAUUGUGCAUUGGUCUGGAGGUCACAAAGUUCUUCUGUGUAUGUGUGUGGGAAACUCGAUCUAUGUAUGUAUUGUCAUGACUGGGUAUCAUACUUGUACUUCUAUUUCUUGUACCGGAAAAAGAAUUGCUUGA